UUGUAAUAACAAUACGUAUCUGUUACAGAGAUGCCGAGCACAACGGAGGUACCGGUUUAUUCAUCUUCGCAACUGACGCCGAUAGAAAAUCGCGCAUCCUCCAUAACGAUAACGAAACACGAAAAUCCAGAAUACGCCAUAAAUCGCUUGUCGCAAAAGUACGACUCCUAUCACGGACUGCUUUAUAGGAACGAUCGUAAUCGUAGAAGAUUGUCCUCGACCGGAGAAGGAAGCGGUGAUUCGAGUACGACAGCUUCCGGUAGCAGUUGCGGCGAAAGGGAGGACGGUAGCGAAGGAAGGGCUGAAAGUGAUGAAAUGGAUCGAGAUGAUAGAGACGAGAGAGUACCGCUCGAAGGGAAAAUUACCGACAUUGAGAGGCAGCAAGUGGAAACGUUUUUUAAGGGCUUAAAAACGGAGGUGUACGUAAGUGGUUCUUUGGCUAAUUUAUACACGAAAUCUCCUCUGGACGUCGAAUGGCAAUUGAAAUACGCGGGAAUACCGUUAAUUUUAUUAGACGUAGGAGAAGCACGCUCGAGGAACAAAAGGCGAAUUCAAAUUGUACUCGCCGAAAGAGGAACCGGUUUCAUGCUCUGGAGAGAUACAAUUGAUAACUUGUCAUCCUAUCAAGUAGCUGGAAAGGCAUUUCAUACAAUGUGCUAUUCUUCCGACCACACACUGCAAAUAGGCUUCAGUUUUGAUACGGCGCAAGCGGCGCACGAGAUGUGGACGGAAAUUGAGAAACUUAUCGCCUGCCCCGAAAAUAUAUCCUUAUCUGUACCAGGGAAGAAGAAACGGAAGGAAAAGAAAUCACCAAAGCCAGCACCGUUACCUCCGAAAUCUCACAUCUCGCAGCCGUGCUGUUUUCAACAUGUCACCUCUGUCGAUCAAGAUGAUAGAUCGCGAUAUUACUCACUAAAAGAAUUUGUUCCUGUUACAGCUUUCUCACGUAUUAAUUUAACAGUUACACCUGAGGAAUUUUAAUCUUCCCACAGACUAACCGCAUCUCUUUGUUCUGUGGUUGGGCAAGA